AUGUCAGAUUGCGCACUGGUAGCCAGUGUAAACGAGCAUGAUGCCAGUAUGGACGUGGGUAACGACAAGUCUCUAUUUGAGCCCACGAUUGAUAUGAUGGUCAAUGAUUUCGACGACGAAAGAACAUUAGACGAAGAAGAAGCUUUGGCGGCUGGAGAGCAUCAGGAUCCGAAAGCGGAACUGAACAGUCUUCAAAGAGAAGGUGAUAUGCCCUUAGAAGAUCUUUUAGCUUUAUAUGGUUAUAACAGAAAUAUGGAGAAGCCUAUUGCUGAACAGGCACCUGAAGUGAUGCAAGAAGAAAAUCAAAAGCCGGAGUCUGCAUUACAGCAAUUAUAUAGUGAAACUGCUAGUCCCGAGGCAACUAGGUGCCUGAGAUCGGGUUCUCGGCCACCUUCUGAAGAGGAAGAUGAUUGUGAUUAUAGCCCUGAUGAGGAUGAUUGGAAGAAGACAAUUAUGGUUGGAAGUGAUUAUCAAGCAGCUAUACCAGAAGGCUUAUGCAGUUACGAUGAUGCCCUCCCUUAUGAAAAUGAAGAUAAAUUACUAUGGAAUCCCAGUGUUUUAGAAGAAAAAGUAAUUGAAGAUUAUAUGAGGAAAAUUUGUGCAAUGAACUCAGGUUCCGGUGUGGAUGCAGUUCCAAGAGGAAAACAACUCCGCGACGACGAAGAAGCCUUAUUUUUAUUACAGCAGUGUGGUCACAAUGUUGAAGAGGCUUUAAGAAGAAGACGUAUAUCGGCCCAAACUCCAGCACACGCUAGUGUAUGGUCAGAAGAAGAGUGCCGUAACUUUGAAAAUGGUAUUAAAGCUCAUGGUAAAGAUUUUCAUCAAAUUAGACAGCAAAAGGUCCGUACGAGAUCUGUUGGUGAACUUGUACAAUUCUAUUACAUUUGGAAAAAGACAGAGAGACAUGAUAUAUUUGCAAAUAAGACAAGGUUAGAAAAGAAAAAGUAUACUUUGCAUCCAGGUCAUACAGAUUAUAUGGAUAGGUUCCUGGAGGAACAAGAAGCAACUGGUGCAGGUAUUGUACGACCUGUCUCACCCUCGCCUAUGAUGGUGUAUGUUCCUUCACCAGCAGCACAACCUGAUCCUUUAGCUUUGGGAGAAAAAGAGGUGUUCUCCCAGUUGAACACUCACACAACACCUCCCCGAACACUUUCAACGGAAGAACCUGAACCUGAUUUGGUUUCCUAA